GACAACUAAAUAAAAUAAAAUGGGCUGUUUGAACUCUGAGCCACUGAGUCACGACGGGUUUUAUGGACAUAGACCUGCAGGUUUGGAAUACAACAUGUAGAAAGUUUUUUUUUAGAAGAAGCGCAGUCUCCUUUUUUGCUUUCUCAACAAUGAAAAAAAAAGAUACUACAACGAUACCACGGUAUAUGAUUUCAAAUGUCACGAGAAUCUUUGGACUCAACUCUUCCAAUCUAAUUACACUUGAAGGGACAUAUCCUACGCAGAAUUCUGAUGGAACAUAUAUUUGUGUGCAUGUCAUCCAUCCGCGUUACGCUGUGGCGUUCAUUCAAGGAGAUAUUAUCUGGCUUUGAUUUCACUAUUGAUGCUUUUUCUUCGUUGAGAAUGUUGCACAUAGACUACGUUUCGCAGAAAACAAUAAUAGCAGUUCCCCCCCCCCCUCCCUCCCUUCUCCACGCACAAGGAUCUAACAAGCCCUACGCAUGGUAAUAGGACCACUUACAUGCAAACAGGCCCUGGUACGGAUUGAUGAAAAUGAUCCAAAGCAUAAUGCCUAGAAAAACUAACCCUAUGAGGAUCCCUCUUAUACGUGCUGAAAUGAUUUUAAUAUUCCUUGGUGCUCACUUGUUAUCACCUUACGUCAUUUGUGUUAAAUGUUAA